AUACAAACUCUUUCAUAUAUAUCCCUUCAAAAUAAGACCAUCUCACGUCUAUCCCCUUCUUCUCUCUAUAUAUAAGGUUCGAUCCAUCACUUAAUACAUCUUCCGUAGUUCACAGGGCAAUAACCUUCACCAUGAAGAAGUUAUAUUUCUUUUCUGUGCUUCUUUCUUUUCUACUCUUUUCUCCUACGACUACUGCUCUGCCUCUUUCCACCAACUCAAGGUGGAUCGUAGAUGAAAAUGGGGAAAGAGUGAAGCUAGCUUGUGUGAAUUGGAUAUCACAUCUCCCACCAUUGCUGGCCGAGGGCCUCAACAAGCAGCCCAUAGACAAAAUCGCCAAUCGAAUCACCUCAAUGGGAUUCAAUUGUGUUCGUUUUACAUGGCCUCUGUUCAUGGCCACAAAUAAGUCCAUAGCUUCCAUGCCUGUAAGGCAGUCGUUUGAGAACCUCGGCCUCUAUGAAUCCAUUGCAGCAAUUCAAGUCAACAAUCCAACUUUUCUCAAUCUCACCAUCAUAGAAGCUUAUAAGGCUGUGGUGAAGAGACUUGGAGAUAAUAAUGUGAUGGUGAUAUUGGACAACCACAUAAGCAAGCCGGAGUGGUGCUGCAGCAUAAAAGACGGCAAUGGCUUCUUUGGGGAUAAGUACUUCAAUCCGCAACUUUGGCUUAAGGGGCUCUCUCGAAUGGCGACCUUGUUCAAGGAUACAAGCAAUGUCGUCGGCAUGAGCCUUAGGAAUGAGCUCCGAGGGCCUCGUCAGAACGUACUUUGGUACAAGUACAUGCAGAAAGGAGCUGAAACAGUGCACGCAGCAAACCCUAAUGUUCUAACUAUAUUAUCAGGUUUUGAUUUUGACACAGACUUCAGGUUUCUCCACAAAAAACCUGUGGAACUGAGUUUUAAAGGGAAGCUAGUGUAUGAGAUUCACUGGUAUGGAUUCUCAGACAAAAAGGCUUGGGCGGCUGGCAACUCAAACGAUGUGUGUGGAAGAGUGGUGAAUAAGAUGAAGCAGAAAUCACUGUUCUUGCUUGAUAAGGGGUUUCCUCUGUUCAUGAGUGAGUUUGGGAUUGAUGGGAGAGGCAUUACCGUGAAUGAUAACAGAUACUCCAAUUGCUUGUUUGGAGUUGCAGCUGAUCUGGAUUUGGACUGGGCUUAUUGGACCCUUGUUGGGAGUCAUUACCUUAGACAAGGUGUGUUGGGGAUGGAGGAUACUUAUGGAUUGUUAAAUUGGGAUUGGUGUGGUAUAAGGAAUGAAACCCUCCUGCAAAGGAUCUCUUCUCUCCAAAUUCCUUACCAAGUAUAGAGAUGAAGACAUUUAUAAACCA